GUUUGCCAAUCACUUGCUGCAUUGCUCUUUGCUCGGACGUAGUAUCGUCCAGCAUAAAACCUUAAUUUUAGGUUCAUUGGUUGGAUUUUUAACCGUCUAGUACAAAGUCUACAUGACAGAAAGACAAGAAUGUGUGUUUAAUACUCAGUGAAUUAAAGUUUUCAUUCAUCGUUCAUCGCUGCUACUGUGCAAAAGUUGUGACCCAAAAAGAAACCUUCGGUACUGCUGCUUGUCCUCGCCAAAGACACUUUCACUAAACCACCUCCACACACGCCUGUCUAAUAGUAACAAUUGUGCAAUAAUAACAGAAACUUAAGAUGUCUACGCAGGACAAGGAAAAGGUCAUUCGUGUUGGUUCACGAAAAAGUGAGCUAGCGCUCAUUCAGACUAAACAUGUCGUCGGCAGACUGCAGAAACUCUAUCCGAAGCAAAAGUUCGAGAUACAUACGAUGUCUACAUUUGGAGAUCGUGUGUUGAACGUUUCGCUGCCGAAGAUUGGGGAGAAGAGCCUAUUCACCCGGGAUCUGGAAGAUGCACUACGAAAUGGCGGUGUCGAUUUUGUCGUCCAUUCGCUGAAGGAUCUGCCCACAGCGCUGCCAACGGGCAUGGCUGUGGGCGCGGUGCUGGAACGUGAAGAUGCUCGGGAUGCGUUGGUGCUGCGCGAGCAUCUUAAGGGUCACACCAUUGCAUCGCUGCCCAAAGGCAGUGUCAUUGGCACAUCUUCGCUGCGUCGCACAGCACAAAUUCGACGCCAGUAUCCGCAUUUGAUUGUGUGCGAUAUUCGCGGCAAUUUGAAUACGCGUUUGGCCAAGCUGGAUGCCAAGGACUCCAAGUUUUCGGGCAUUAUACUGGCACAGGCGGGUCUCGUGCGCAUGGGCUGGAUGAACCGCAUCAGCCAGGUGCUAGAGCCCACGGACCUGCUCUAUGCCGUCGGCCAGGGCGCUCUGGCCGUCGAGUGUCGGGCCAACGAUGCUCAUGUGCUGGGCAUGCUUCAGCGGCUCAUGUGCUUGAAUACCACAUGCCGUAUUUUGGCCGAACGCAGCUUCCUGAAAACUUUGGGCGGUGGCUGCUCAGCUCCAGUUGCUGUCUGGAGCAAACUGAAAGGCGAGCCAAGCAACAUUAGCAAUGGCAAUCGACAGCAGCAGCAGCAGUUGAARCAGGAUGAGGAAGUGGGCUUGUCGCUUACAGGCGCCGUGUGGAGUCUGGAUGGUGCUAUUGAGAUACGCGAGCACUUGGAUUGUGCCUUAAAUGAAUUGGAAACAGAUGUGAAUCGUCGCAAGCGUGCCGGCGGCAAUGACCAACAGCAGCAGCAGGCCCAGGAAGUGGCAAACAAUAAUGACAGCAACAGCUGCGACUCCCCGCCAGCUACUAAGCGUGCAAGGAAUGGCAACAACACGCUUACCAAUGGAAAUGACAAUGGAAAUGGCAAUGGGUCUGGCUCGGGUUCCGAUUCCAGCACGAAUAGCCCACGUCAACAGGGCAGUCCACCGGUCAUAUGUGAGGAUGCCUCUGUUACGGGCUACACCAUGGAGGAGCUGCUCGAGCGUCAUAUCGACCUGGCACGCAAGUGCCCCGUUGUUGGUCACGACAAUAACAAUGCAUUGGGUGCUGGCGGGGAUGCAGGUGGUGGCGGUGGCGAUGCUGACACCAGCAAUGCUAACUCAUCGGUUCACUGCCCGCUGCAGAUGAACGUUGGCCAGGAAUUUAUGGGCGAGUGUCCGUUCGUUGACAACGAGACAAAGAUUUCGUUCGCCAGUGCGGGGAAGUGUCCGGUCACCCACAUUGCCACGUUGCCUGCGCAACCGCCCAGCAGUGGAGACGAGCCGGACAAUAUAUCGACGGCGCCGACACCGGCGUUAGCAACAACACCAACGUCUUCCAAAUGUCCUUUCUCUGCCAUGCACCAAGGCAGUGGCCUUGAAGUCAGCCAAGAGAAAACGGGUCACGCCAAAUGUCCGUUCCUACAGAAGACGGUGCAAAUGUUCGACUAUGCCGAUGAGCAGCAGCCACAGCCACAGCAGCUCAAGCUGCCCGUGCUCAUUGAGGAUGUGGACAACUUGUUUUGUGGUCUCUAUCAGCAUGCAUGCCACAGCAGGGACAUCUACGAGAAGGCCAAUUGGCUUGGCCAAACUCUGGCCGAGCGGCUCAUCAAGAAGGGCGCACUCGAUGUUAUGAAGGUGGCCCAAGCUGAGAUUCAUAGCAAGGUGGGAUCCUGAUCGUGAAACAAAGCAGUCACCGGCACAGGCACAGGCAAACUCUGCAUCCGCAUCAUCGCACCAUCACAAUCCAUUCAAGAGUACACAUUAAGUAGAAAAGUUGAACUAGUAAAUUGUUUUUAUUAUUUGUUGAGUUACGCGCGGGAUCUGCGUAAAUCAUUUUUGUUGGGGGUUUGUCUUAAGGCUACUCAUUAAAACACAUAGCAACG